AUGCAAUGCCUCUCCAUCUUUCCAAAUUCUAGUCUAGAGAACCAAAAGCAGCUGGCGGAAACGGCUUUACUGGCAAGCCUAUUCAGAGCAGACAUCACAAGAUUGACCCUUCGAGAGGAAAGUGAUAUGAUGGAGUCGGAUUUAGCAAGUGAUUGUUCCGGCCUUAUUGAUGCGGCACACGAUUCCCUUAGCCAGUCCAUAGUAAUACUCCAUAACUUGGUAACCACAGGUCAAGGUCAUGAAUCCUUUUCACAGCGGUUAAGGGAGAUUCAGGACUGGCUCACAGCCGCCCAUUAUUCUAAUUCCUAUUGCCUCAACGAGUUCACAAGUGACAACAAUAUGAAUAAUUCAACAGAACUAGUUAGGGGCAGGGUUUUAUAUCAAUAUCAGACAACGGAAAAUGCAAUAGACCUUUUCAGGAGAUUUGCUAAGAGUUUAGGAGUACGUUUCUAG